AUGGCUCCCGCUCCCUCUGCAGCACGAUCGGUGCGACUGCUCGUCGCCUCAAUCGGCAACCCACCACCCUACCACACGACGCGCCAUUCGGCAGGCCACAUCCUGCUGAAAUCGCUCGCCCAACGACUUCACCUGCCUCCUCUGUCCAAAACCAAAACACUAGGCUCCGGCAGCGUCAGUCGCGGCUCCGACGUCGGCAGACCAGAAUACACACUAUGGCAGAGCGCAAGCCUGAUGAACGUCUCCGGAACGGGGACCAUGAAGGCGUGGAAACUGUUCAACGACGACCUCCCGAAAACCCAGUCGGCAUUGGACGUCGUGACCGCGCUGGUCGUGCUCCAUGACGAACUCGAGUCUCCGACGGCCACGAUCAAGCUGCGGCGCGGCGAGUCGAGCCCCCGCGGCCACAACGGCAUCAAGUCGAUCCAGCAGUCGCUCAAGUCGGCGGGCCAGCUGGUGGCCCUGGGCGACCGGUUCGUCAAGAUCGGUAUCGGCAUUUCGCGGCCCGCCUCCAGGGACAGCCAUGAUGUGAGUGCCUGGGUCUUGGGCCAGCUGACGCACGUCGAGCGCGCCAAGAUAGAGGCCGCGACCGACAGUCUGAUUGCCGUGCUUGAGAGUGAGAUUGCGAGAUUGGAAAGAUCUUGA